AUGCACAAAUAAUAUUGAUUUUGCUAUUCAUGCAGCUUAGCCUAUGAUUAACUGAAUAAAUUAUUGGAGUAAUACCCAAUAAAUUAAAUUGGCCUUGAUUAGCUGUAUAAUUUUCCAAUCAGCAAUUGCUUAUAACUUUUUCCUUCUUUAUUUUGUUGAGUAUUUAGCUUAUACUUUUACAGAUUUAAUUAAUUUGAUAAGCCAAAGUUGUCACUUUUUGUCUUAUGGCUGCGACGUGUGAGAGGAGAGAACGGUUGCCAAAGACCAGAUUUUAUAGUUUUAUAUGCAUUUUUACAACUCUCUGAAAACAUUCAAGAGAUCUCAGCAACCCUCUGCUGUUAUGGGCUGUUCUCCUCCAACUCUGUUUUACUUCCAAUCAGUCACAUGCACUCUCUACCAAGACUCAGAGCACUUGCUCUCUUACACCAGAAACUAACAUCCAAUUCCCAGGUCAAACAAAUCCACGCCCAGUUGAUCAUCAAUGGCCUCAAUUCACCUUCCAUUUUGGCAAAACUAAUCCAGCAAUACUGCACCCUACCAGACCCACAAAGCAUCCAAAACUAUGCCUAUUCAGUUUUCAAACACUUUGACAAACCAAACCUCUUUCUCUUCAACACUUUGAUAAGAUGCUCUCAACCCAAGGAGUCUAUUCUAGUUUUUGCUGAUUGGGUAUCAAGGGGAGACUUGGUUUUUGAUCAUUUUACUUACAUUUUCGUUCUUGGAGCUUGUGCUCGAUCUCCUUCCGUGCCAACAUUAUGGGUAGGGCGACAAACACAUGCCCAGAUGCUGAAACGUGGUACUAUGUCUAAUAUUUUGUUGCAAACCACUGCCAUACAUUUCUAUGCAAGUAACAAGGAUGUUAGUUCAGCACGGAGAAUGUUUGAUGAAAUGAUAGUGAGAAACAGCAUUACCUGGAAUGUGAUGAUCAAGGGGUAUUGUUCACAGAGAGAAUUCGCCCCUGAAGCAUUGGUUUUGUUUCGAGGCAUGUUGGAAGAUGAUUGUGGAGUGAAACCAACGGAUACUACUAUGGUUUGCAUUCUUUCCGCAGCUUCUCAGUUGGGUGUAUUGGAAACUGGUGCUUGUGUUCAUGGUUAUAUUGAGAAGACGAUUCCUUUUCCAGAAAAUGAUGUGUUUAUUGGCACGGGUCUUAUCGAUAUGUACUCAAAAUGUGGAUGUCUUGACAGUGCUUUAACCAUUUUUAUGAGAAUGGAAGAGAAAAAUGUCUUGACUUGGACAGCAAUGGCAACCGGGCUUGCCAUUCAUGGAAAGGGGAAAGAAGCUUUGAAGCUUUUCGAUGAAAUGGAUGCUUAUGGAGUAAAACCCAAUUCAGUGACUUUCACCAGUUUGCUUUCGGCUUGUUGCCAUGGUGGACUUGUUGAAGAAGGCCUCCAUUUGUUCCAUGUUAUGAGGGAGUUCAAUGUCACCCCUAGUAUGCAACAUUAUGGCUGCAUUGUAGACAUUCUUGGUCGUAGUGCGCUAUUGAGAGAAGCCUAUGAAUUUAUAAAGGGGAUGCCAGUUAAACCUGAUGCCAUCCUGUGGAGGAGUUUGUUAAGUGCAUGUAAAGUUCAUGGGGAUGUUACAAUGGGUGAGAAGGUGGGUAAGCUCCUCCUGCAGUUACAGCCGGAACAGAGUUCUGUGGAUGCAAGUCCUAAUGGUGAGGACUAUGUAGCUUUAUCAAACAUAUAUGCUUCUGCAGAAAGGUGGGAAGAUGUGCAGAUGAUUAGAGAGGAAAUGAAGGUUAAAGGAAUUGAAAAUAAAGCUGGUAGUAGUUCUAUUCAAACUAUCAGCAAUCAGCUUAUGGAUGCGUUUUAGUUUCCGUAUCUUAGGUGAUCUCAAUGCUUCUUCCAAAUCAAGGUUUUGGUUUUGACACUGAAAUUAUUGUAACAAGCAGGGAAUAGAGUAUUUUCAGAGAGUAAACAUUCUCAGAAAAUGCAGAAACUUGUACAUUCCAAUCCACAGCCUUGGGAAAAUUGGAAAUUAUAGAGAUCAAUAACUAUUAUAUGUGUUAAUA